AAACAACAAAACCUUCGUCUGAUUUUUCCUUUCUCUCUAUUCCCUGAAUCUCUUUCUCUCUACGUGUCUCUCUCAAAUCCCUGUGUGCCCUUUUGAUCCAUGUCCUUAUUCCCCAAACCCCUAAAUGCCUCCUCUCUAGGGCUCCAUUCUCUUCCUCUAAGGGCCAUUUUGGAGGUGCUCUUUGCUCAAGGUAGGCUGAUUUUGUGUUGGGUUUUCAGAAUUUUGGGAUUUUGUUAUUGUGGAUUUAGUGGGGUUUAUUGAUACAUUGAGAGUAGGUGUUUUUAGUGUGCAAGGUUGAAGCUUUGUGGUGGGUUUGAGGUUAUUUUGAUGAAAGAUUGAAACUUUGGAGAUUCUUGUUAUUGGGUAUUUUGCAAUUUUGUGCGAAGACUGGAACUUUGUGUUUAUGAAGGUUGGAUUUGGUGUUUGCAUUUGGUGAAAGAUGGUUUUGUAUGUUGGAUGAGUUCAAUUCUGGGGUUUAGUUGGAUUUUGAGUAUGGUGAAUUGGUCAUUAUUGGAAUAAAGGAGGAGAAUUGUGUUGAAAGAAUGCAAGGUUUUUGAGAGUGUGGAUUUGGUUGUGAAGGAGGGGCCUUGUUGUGGGUGGUUUGGGGCACAAUGGGUUGCAUGUAUUGCAAGCCCUCUGCAAUUGAGGAUAGCAAGGAGAGCCCCAGGGAGAGAUUGUCUAACAAGGCGGCAUCAGACUCGCGGGCGGCGAGGGUGGCUUCCUCAAGGAGGGAGGAAGCUUAUCGAGCAAAAGAUAGGUAUGAUAGCAAUGAUGGGAGAGCAAUGUUGAUUGAUAAACACUCAAAUGGGGCUGCUCGAUCACAUGGUGAGAAUUAUGAGAGGAAGAGGGAGAAGAUGGAGUAUGUUACUGCUCUACAUCCCGGGAUGGGCAGCAUUCCGAAAGCUGCAGAAGGAGAACAGGUUGCAGCAGGGUGGCCGUCCUGGCUAGCUGGAGUGGCUGGAGAGGCCAUUAAGGGGUGGAUACCACGCCGUGCAGAUUCAUUUGAGAAGCUUGACAAAAUUGGCCAGGGAACAUAUAGUAACGUCUAUAGGGCUCGUGAUCUUGAUCAAAAGAAAAUUGUAGCGUUGAAGAAAGUGAGGUUUGAUAACUCAGAGCCCGAGAGUGUUCGUUUUAUGGCAAGGGAAAUUCUCAUUUUACGGAGGCUUGAUCAUCAAAAUGUGAUAAAACUAGAAGGUUUAGUUACGUCAAGGAUGUCUUGCAGCUUGUACCUUGUUUUUGAGUACAUGGAGCAUGAUUUGGCGGGGCUUGCUUUACACCCUGGCCUGAAAUUUACAGAAGCACAGGUCAAAUGUUACAUGCAGCAACUAUUAUGUGGACUUGAUCACUGUCACAGUCGUGGGGUUCUGCAUCGUGACAUUAAAGGGUCCAACCUUUUAAUUGACAACAGUGGCAUGUUAAAAAUUGCUGACUUUGGUUUGGCGAGUAUUUUUGAUCCCCAUCAAAAUCAGCCUCUAACUAGCCGGGUUGUAACUCUCUGGUACCGACCGCCAGAGCUUUUACUCGGUGCUACUUACUAUGGAACUGCCGUUGAUCUGUGGAGUACAGGUUGCAUACUCGCUGAACUCUAUGCUGGCAAACCUAUAAUGCCUGGAAGAACCGAGGUGGAGCAGUUGCAUAAGAUUUUCAAGCUUUGCGGCUCACCUUCUGAGGAAUAUUGGAGAAAAUCAAAAUUGCCUCAUGCAACCAUAUUUAAGCCUCAACAGCCUUAUAGACGCUGUGUCGCAGAAACAUUUAAGGAUUUCCCUGUACCGGCGUUAGCACUUAUGGACACCCUUCUUUCCAUAGACCCUGCAGAUCGUGGGUCUGCAUCUUCUGCUCUCAAGAGCGAGUUCUUUACCACAAAACCUUUUCCUUGUGAUCCGUCAAGUUUGCCAAAGUAUCCUCCUAGCAAAGAGUUUGACGUUAAAGUACGCGAUGAGGAAGCUAGAAGACAAGGAGCAGCAGGCAAGGGCCAAAGACUUGACCCUGAAAGGAGAGGAACAAGAGAGUCUCGAGCCAUACCGGCACCUGAUGCCAAUGCCGAAUUAGUCAUGUCAAUGCAGAAAAGAAAAGAUCAGUCCAACUCUAAAAGUCGAAGUGAGAAGUUUAACCCUCAUCCAGAAGAAGUUGCUUCUGGCUUUCCUAUUGAUCCUCCUAGGCCAUCACAUGCUGUGGAACUGAGUAUAGAAUCUCAUGUUCAUAAUCCUAAGAGAGCUUCCCAUUCAGGGCCAUUGUCACAUCGUGCGGCAUGGGCAAAGUCUACGAAGAACCCAGAUGACGCCCCAAAGAUUUCAAAUGGGGCUGACUUGUCAGGCAUGUCAGGUUUAGUGGCAGCAAGGAGAAGUAUGUUGACUGAGGAACGCAGAAAAAGGUCUAAUUCUUCCCAAAUGGAUGUUCCAAAAGCAAUAGGGCGGUUUCCAGGUUCAUUCAAGGAGGCCACAGAUCCUUUACCACACGACCAAAAACCUAUUGUACCUUCUAAUAAAAAGGAUGAUGUCAGAAGCAACAAAGAUCCAGUUAUCGUUGGUUAUGGAUCAAAGGGUCACAAAAUUCACUACUCAGGUCCGUUGUUAGUCCCUUCUGGCAACAUGGAUCAGAUGCUGAAAGACCAUGAUUUCCAGGUCCAAGAAGCUGUUAGACGAGCACGAAUUGACAAGGCAAAAGUCCGAAAAUAUCAGGCGGAAAGCAACCAAAUAUCCACCAAUUCGUUAUUUGUUUCUGGUCGAUGA